AUUAUAACUGGAAAAAAAAGAGAGAGAGAAACAAAUUGAUUGCAAGAAUAAACAGUAAGGAGGAUAAGAAACGAGAAUACUGAAAUUCCGUCGCCGAUUAACCGUUAACGGCCUCCGGAAUAUGGCGGGAAUAUCACCCAAUCCAACCUUGACUUUAAAGAGAAUUCAUGGAAUCCGGUGCUGCUCAGGGACACCUGGAAAUGAAAAAUGGAGCAGAGUUGAAACUAAAGCUAAAACCCCAGGAGUUUUGAAAUUCGCCGUAAGUGGAGUCACGGAGCUUCUCAGGUUAUUCUCCUUCUCUAGCAAAGACAGUUUGGAUAGAGUGAGCUGUGAAGAAAGAGAUGAGAUAUCUGUUUCGGGUAUUGAUGAUGUUGUAAUGAUCCUCAUGGCAGAUUAUGAGAAUGCUUAUUUUGUUACAGGGAUUUUCACUUCUGCAAUUUAUGCUGAAGAUUGUCUCUUUGAAGAUCCUACUAUCAGAUUUCGAGGUACUGAGUUAUAUGCCCGCAACUUGAAACUGCUAGUUCCUUUCUUCGACUCCCCAUCAAUUAGGCUGCAAGAUAUUGAGAAGGGUGUCAAUUCUGAAACAAAAUUUGUGCAGGCAAAAUGGAAACUAAGAACCUACCUUAAAUUUCCUUGGAGGCCUCUGAUUUCAAUUGAUGGAAACACAAUUUAUGAAAUAAAUGAUGAGUUUAAAGUUGUUAGGCAUGCUGAAAGCUGGAAUGUUUCAGCACUUGAAGCAAUUGGCCAAAUUUUUACCCCUAGCUAUGAGAAACCAGAUGAGAAACAGAAACAAAGCUAAAAGCUAAGCAGGCAUGGAGCCUAGAAGAAAGCAGGAUUGUGCCAUAUGUGGAGAUUAUAUUUGAGCAUCGUAGCGUAGGGGUUGAUAAUGAUGAUGCCCGCAUGUUUACUAGAUUUCUUUGUUUCUAGCUGCAGCAGCAAUGUGAAGGCUCCUCUCUCUAGAGUGUUCUGCUUGAAAAAUGAUGAUUGCUUGUGUUUGCUCACUAGCAUUCUCUCUUCUUUUUUCUUUUUUUCUUCUCUUUUCUUAGC